AUGCCAGAAAACAGGCAGGUUCCAAGGAAUGCUGAUUCUACACCUUCUGGUGACAACAUUGAAGGUGGUGCAGAUUUUUCUGAAGCUAUUCGUCGUUUGAAAAUCAAUGAUAAUUGGGAUAGAGAUGCUGCAGCUCAAUCUACCCAAUAUCCAGAUCGACCAGGUGAACCUGAUUGUUUGUAUUAUUUGAGGACUGGAAUGUGUGGUUAUGGGAGUAACUGUCGCUACCAUCACCCUGCUCAUAUUUCAAUUGGUACUCAUUAUGGAGAAGAACUCCCUCAGAGGACCGGCCAACCUGAUUGUGAGUAUUUUCUUAAGACAGGAACAUGCAAGUAUGGAUCAACAUGUAAAUAUCAUCAUCCAAAGGACAGGCGCGGUGCUGCUCCUGUCUCGUUCAAUACUUUAGGUCUUCCAAUGCGUCAGGAAGAAAAAUCAUGUCCCUAUUACAUGAGAACCGGGUCUUGUAAGUUUGGGGUUGCAUGCAAGUUUCAUCAUCCACAACAUGCUUCCCUUGGAGCAUAUCCCUUGGCUGGAUCACCUACCUCAACAAUUAUUCCUACAUCAGGUUUACCAUAUGCUGGAGGGUUUCCUGCAUGGUCAGCAUUACCAAGAAUGUCAUAUUUAGCUGGGCAAGGCGUUCAAUCUUAUGUACCUCCUUUUCUGUCUUCUUCACAAGGCAUUAUACCCGUGCAGAGCUGGAACAACUACAUGGGAAGUAUGAACCCAGCAAUGCAUACAGGUUAUCUUGGAUCUAAUCUUGUUUAUGACUUCAUGAAUCUGGGCGAGUCACUUUUUGGUGGGCAGGCGAUAAAUUCAGCUCUCCCAAAUAGACCUGAUCAACCAGAAUGUAGAUACUUUAUGAGCACUGGGACCUGCAAAUAUGGAUCUGAUUGCAAGUUCCACCACCCAAAGGAAAGAAUAUCUCAAUCAUUAAUAAAUCCACUUGGCCUUCCUGUGAGACCUGGGCAAGCUGUCUGCUCUUAUUACAGAAUCUAUGGAAUGUGCAAAUUCGGUCCAACUUGCAAAUUUGAUCAUCCAGUAUUGACUAUCCCUCAGAACUAUGGCUUGACCUCACCUACUCUAUCUGUACUUGAUGCUCCUCUCAUUAGUAACCAAAGAGGGUUAUCAAGUGUACAACCACCCGAGACAUCUCCUUCUAAAUUAUCAAGUGACAACAAGCUUCAACACUCUGAUGCAAAAGCUGCCACAGAAGAUUCAUCCAAACAAGCUGAUACUACAUCAAAUUCCUUACCCGCCUCCUCAGAGCCUUUACAUGACUAA